GAGUUGGGGAACUUCUUGUUUUUUGCCCGCCUUUUGGGGGCAGCCGGCCAAGAAGUUCCAUGCAGCCUUUCGUCGGUGCCAAACGUUUACGACCGUCCUGCGUCAGAAGUGUCCGGAGGCAAGUGCAGCGACUAUGAGGUAAAGACCGUUCGAUGCAAUGUAUCCGAGCUGAUACCUUCCCCAGUCGUCGACAGCUUGUACACAAUCGAGCUCAUCGGCAAAGAACCCGGUCGGUUCACAAGCACGAUUGGGCAGGCUGUGAUACAAGUCCUCACAGAACAUGUUUGGGACCUGACUGAACCUGCUUCCUCUCCCCGGCAUUGCGGUAUGGGAGCAGAUUUCGAUUGUCAACAUCGACAUCGACAGAUGUUCUGUGAAGAGCUUCAAGGACAGUCCAUGGAUGACGAGUACAGGGCAUGCAGGGCUCAUCACCGUCUCGCCAGGGCAUCUGAAGCGACGGCGCCGUGCUGGGUGAUGCAGCCGAACUUGGGCAUCGAGAAAGCCUUCACCUUCACCGACAUGCAGUGGCCUCGGCAAGACGGAUCAGUGCAUCCUGUGACGGCCGACGCCCCCUUUCGCUGCAUGAUGGCUGGAUCCGGCGAGCUCUCCAUCCAGCAUAUGGCUGCUACUUCUUCGAACACCACGCCAGCGGCUGCCAUGCUGGAGACUUUAGACGAGGCUGAGCUCACAUUUCGGCAUCACAAGGACCCCUUUGUCGUGGCUUCGCAGCUCACGUCUUCAACUUUCGACAUGGUGUUGUCUGAAGGCUACUUGAAGGUGUCGACCGUUCUCUUCUUCAUGUGGGCCAUCAUUCUCAAUUGCUGCUGUUGCGGCAAUAGCUGCAAAGCAUGCGAUGCAGCUACUGCUCUCGAUGCGGGUGACGAAGUGACUGCCGCCGCAGAUGUCAUUCCUUCCGAAGCGGCCGAUCCCGCUUGCUGUGACAGGGACUCGAAGCCCGCAGAGGAAGACACCCCUCCCGAAUCAGCGUGA